AUGCCAGAAGCAAAAUUAUGUCAUCUUCCUUUAGGUUUUAAUACUUUGCAUAAGUCAAAUCCAUUUCAUUAUUAUGCUAUGACUGAUUGUUCUAUUUCUUCAUCUAUUAAUACAGGUCUGAAUGUAGUUUUAGCUUACGGUCAUAUAUAUCAUAAAGUUUGUUAUGAUAAUACUAGAUUUAAGUGUUUAUAUUGUCUCUCAUUUUUACAAGAUGAUGAACUCCUCGCAACAAAGAAUAUAAAGAAUUACCUUUCCAAAGAGCCUACUGAGGAACAUUUUCAUAUUAUCAUAUCCUUACCAGAAACUGUCAGUAUAACCCCUCGAGAGCAGGAACUCUUGGAUCAAUUCGCCGAGUUACAAAAGAGCCUAGUUUUUAUAUAUGAGCAGGUGACCCUUUGUAAUCUUAAAGAAACUAUCUUUGCCAUAUAUAAGACCCAAGAAUUUGAGGAAAAAGUACUUAGCUUCAUAUGCAAUGGAAAAAAUAUUACAGAAUUAUUGAUAAUUGAAACAAAUGAUGCCGGAUAUUGGAUUAAUGUUGAUAGUACAAAUCCGUACUGCGAGCCAUACCUUUUGAUUUCCACCAGUGUAAUAGUGAAUUAA